AUGCCGAAACCUUCAUGGGUUUUCAAAAUCUUGACCAUUUUGUCCCUGUUCCAUCUCUCACAAGCCCAAACUACCCCUUCAUGUUCAGAAGUCGAUAGGGCAGCCCUUAUUGGAUUCAAAGCCAGAAUCUUUAAGGAUACUUCCGGUAUUCUGUCAUCUUGGGUAGGCAAAGAUUGUUGUUCAGGAGACUGGGUAGGUAUCCAGUGUGACGCAGUCACAGGGAGGGUGACUGGGGUUGUUUUACAAGGAUCAUCUGGCAAUAAUGCCCUUUACAUGAAGGGUAUCAUUUCUCCUACUUUAGGUGAGUUAAAGUUGUUGAAGGUUUUAGUGAUCAGUGGGAUGAAGAAGCUAUCAGGGGUAAUCCCGUCAAGUUUUUCAGGUCUUAUACAUCUUCAACAACUUGUGUUGGAAGACAACUCACUUAAGGGAACCAUCCCUGUAGGUUUAGGACAACUGAAGUCACUCCAGACUCUCUCAUUGAGUGGAAAUUACCUAACUGGCCCUCUCCCUCAAACCUUAGGAAACUUGAAAAACCUUCUUCAGAUAAAUUUAGCAAGAAACUCGCUUUCGGGUACCUUAAAGUUUCCAAAUUUAGGAAGUUUGGAGUAUCUUGAUUUAAGUUACAAUAUGUUAUCAGGCACUAUCCCUACAGUUUUAGGACUCCAGUCAAACAUGACGUUUCUUGACCUAUCGAAUAACCGUUUUUCAGGUCAGAUACCCGAUUCCUUAUGUAACUUAAAGAAUCUUGUAGACUUGUCUUUAAGCAACAAUUUGCUGACUGGACAAGUGCCAGCUAGGAUAGGUCAGUUAAAGUCUCUUUCUACCUUAUCCCUAGGUUUCAACAUGCUUGUAGGUCAAAUCCCCGAUUCUGUUUCAAAUUUACAAAAUCUAUGGCAACUUAAUGUCUCUAGAAAUCAGCUUUCGGGUCCUUUGAGUGGGGUGUUAUCAAAGGGUAUCCCUUCGUUAUUGUCUAUAGAUCUUUCUUACAAUAAGUUUAAUCUUGGAAGUGUUCCUAAAUGGAUUACAAGUCGACAGCUGUCAGAUGUGCAUCUAGCUGGAUGUAAUCUCAAAGGGGUUUUACCAAUCUUUACAAAACCAGAGUCAUUGAUCUCCAUAGACUUUUCUGAUAACCAUUUUACAGGAGGGAUAUCUGGUUUCUUGAAGAAGAUGUCUAGCUUACAGAAGCUCAAGAUUUCAAACAACCAGCUAAGGGUAAAUCUGUCACAAAUGGUGUUACCAAAUGGGCUUGGGUUUCUUGAUCUGCAUUCAAAUCAACUUUUUGGGUCGCUAUCAGGAGUUUUAUCUAAAGGUGGUUUCUUGGAGUACAUUGAUCUUUCAAGCAACCAAAUUUCAGGGAAUAUUCCUAGUACAAUCACGAAUCUUGGAAACCUUAAAAGGUUUGAUAUUUCAAGGAAUCGUGUAACAGGAACAAUUCCUCCAAGUUUGGGGAGUUUGUCAAAGUUAGGGUGGUUGGAUAUAUCGAGCAAUUUGAUUGGAGGAAAGAUACCUGUGAGUUUGUUGGUGAUUAAGCAACUAGGGCAUGUUAACUUCAGGGCAAAUAAGUUAUGUGGAGAAAUCCCACAAGGAAGACCAUUGAAUGUGUUUCCAUCAGCUGCUUAUGCGCAUAAUCUUUGCUUAUGUGGCAAACCGUUGCCGCCAUGUAAGCAAGGUUAA